AUGUGCUCCCCUAUCACGCCAGCUUCCGGCGGUUGCCGGACGCUGUGCAUCGCAAGCGACCCUCCGAAAUACAUCGGCAUCGAUGUGGACAACACGUUCCACACUCACGACGCCGCGGCCAUGGCUAAGAACAGGCGGGCAUUCCGCAAACUUGUUGAGUCCGGUUACCGGCCGGUCUUUGUAACAGGUACUGAUCAAUGCCCAUCCGUUCACCGUUGCUUAGGCCGCACACUCAAGGCUUCCCAAGAUGUCCUAGAAGACCUGUACGCCGACGGCGUCUACAGAGGCUACCCAGGAGUCUAUCAAAACGGCGCCACCGUGUACAACGAACGAGGCGAACUCAUUUUCACGGUCGCCUUCAGCAAAGGCUUCAUCCGAGAUGUCUGCGACAUACUUGAAGAACACAGGCUCGGAGCACAUGUGUUAUUCGAAGCGCCAAACGAGUACUACGCCCUGCCGCAUGACAAGAACUUGACAGAGUUGGUGGCCAGGAAUCUGGGCCUUCCAAGCCCCGUCAUAGAAUCCACGGUCGCGGAGAUAUGCGCAGCAGACAUCACGCACAUGCUGUGUUACCAAUUCGCCAAGGUCGAGUUGCACAUGAAAGCAGAGCCCGAGCGAGAUUACGUUGCCAGGGAAGGUCCGAUGGAAAUCACCGGUAUAAAUCCGCCGUGUGUGAACAAGCUAGAGGGGCUACGGGCACUGCUAGCCUAUGAGAAGGCAGACGCGAAUGGCUUCGCCUUCAUCGGCGACGGAUCUAACGACAUAGAGGCCUUGCGGGCCUCACAGUGGUCGUUCGCCGUGGGGAACGCGUCUGGCAGCGUUAAGGCUACCGCCAAGAACGUGCUCGAGGAGACCAACGACGAGGCCGCCUUCGCAAAAAUGGCUGAGCUCCUAUACGGAAUCAACGUAGACUGA